AUGGGCCAAUGCCAAUCCAUCAACGCCCAACCUGGCGAAGGCUGCUUUGAACUAGCCCAACGUUGCCGCAUCUCGCAAUACGACUUUGACCGCUUCAACCCCAACGUCUGUGGGAACAUCUACGUCGGCAUGCGCAUGUGCUGCACCCAACCCGUCUGCUGCCUCUCCCCACCAUCGAGUCGCCGGCGGACGGUACCCCCACCGCCAACCAUCGAGCUAUCGCCCCCGCCCCCCGCUGGUGGGUCGUGCGAGACUUACACCGUGAAGGGCGGGGACACCUGUGAGGAUAUCGCUUCUGCUUUUGGGGUCUCGGAGGAUGGGCUUGAUAGGAUUAAUGUCUUUACUUCUGGUUGGGGAGGGUGUUCUGCUCUUGUGGACGGGACGGUGAUUUGUGGCGUUAAGGAGUCUGUACCGGAUGACGAGUCGGAGUUGAGGAAGUUGUAA